AUGUCCUUCACGUUCAAAGGCCACGACGAGACGCUCAACGUCACCCUCCAUCAUGACGUGUACCCGUCGGUGGAUACCGCGACCCACUUUGCGAAGAAGUCCUUUGCUGGCAAAGUCGUUCUAGUCACCGGAGCCUCGCGCGGCAUUGGCUCCGUCAUUGCGAAGCACUACGCGAAGGCCGGCGCCGCGGUCGCCCUCGUCGCUCGCAGUGCCGAGUCUCUGGCAGCGGUCAAAGCCGCGAUUCAAGCUGAGACUCCCGAUGCGCGGGUGUUGACCUUCGCCGUCGAUGUGAAGGAUCCUGUCGCGACCGAACGCGCUGUGGAAGAUAUCGUCGCAAAACUCGGCGGCCUUGAUGUCGUCGUCGCUAACGCCGGCGUGGCCGUUCCCUUGUCAAACAAGCGUAUUGGUGAACGUGACGACCCGCUUGCUUGGUGGAACAGCUUCGAGGUCAACAUCUUCGGCGUAUACAACUUUGUGCGCCCAGCUUUGAAGCACCUGGAGAAGAGCAACGGAUACGCCAUUGUCAUCAGCACUAUCAGCGCUCAGUUGCGCUUCUUGAAUAUAUCUGACUACGGAGUGAGCAAGCACGCGAUCGGCCGCCUGGUUGAAUACGUCGCCCUCGAGUAUCCGGGAGUGCACACCCUGGCGGUACACCCCGGCACAGUCGAUACUGAUAUGACUCGCGGUUCCGGUAUCCCGGAGGAGUACUUGACUGAGAAGCCUGAACUCGUGAGCGCCGUUCUCCUCGCCAUCACCUCCGGGCGUCUCGAUUGGCUCAGUGGACGCUUCUUCGACUCCCGAUGGGACAUCGAUGAGGUAGAGAAGCUGAAGGAGAAGAUCCUGGCCAAGGACGCGCUCGUGAGCAAGCUGGACGUGAAACUGGAUUAG